GCCGACGCAGAACAGCCAUGUCAAGGUAGGAAUUUUUGACUUAGGACGACAACAUGACAUCGAAGUGACACCACCACCGUCGGCAACUACUAUAGCGUUAUUCUACCACACCACAGCUACACAGCGAUCGGAGGCUGCAAAAUGCUGCGGGCAGCCCCGUAAAGACCUCGAAUAGCUGGCUACAGCUCACGAAAUUAUAUCGAAUCAACCUUCAUCAUGUACGGCACCAGUGGGAGCAAUGGCAUCGCCAUUAACAGCAACAAUUCGCAGCGAAGUAGCUCACGGAAUCAUGACAGUGCGAGAGCGAGUUUCGCCAUGCACCGGCGGGGCAGCACUCUCUCAACGACGAGUUUUCUCGACGAGGUGGAGAUGGCACAGGACGAGAUGUUCUCAGGUCCAAUGGGCGAGAGUGUCCCCUCGAGCAUUUCUUCCUUUGCCCAUCGACGGGGACGAGCCGAUUCGACGGCGAGCUUCACAUAUUACCAAGAAGGAGAGGAACAGGAUUUGACGACGCACUCGCCGGAAAACGAUAGCGCAAUUCUCGAUGAUGAUGAAUCCGAAAUGAACUUUGAAGAGGAUGAUUCGGUGGACCUGGAGGCUGGAGAACUUGCGUCCAUGCGAAGGGGAUCUUCUCGUGCCUCAAGAGGAUCUGUACAUGAUCGCCUCCUCCGACAAGAUAGCUCGAGAAGCGAGGGUGCUGGAGGCGGACGUACAAACCAGAAAAUCUACAUUGUAACUGAGGAUCUGACAAUUGUGGUUGCUGGAUUUCGGACUUCUACAAUUGGAUUUGCUAUAUACACUACCAUUUGCAUAUUGACCCUCGGUCUUGGCUACCUCCUUUUCCGCUGGCUACCUCGAUGGCAGGUGUACAUGGUAGGUAGGCAGUCACCUUUGGGAUCAUGUACCUGGGUGGUCAUAGAAGUAAGUAUCCAUUUUCUCCAGUUGUCUACGAGAUAUGCCUUUUAUGAUGGAUAUCCCACGUCCCGCUAGAACCUUCCAACCCAUGAAAGAGGACCCUUCUAACAAGGAUAGAACCAAUGGGGCGAAUUCGUCGUGCAGGAUGUAGAUUCAAAAGAGUAUGGCCGCUCCUUGUCCACGGUAUUUGGGACGUCUGAAAAGCGGUACAUAUUCGCAUAUGACGAGGAUGAAGAUCCGGUCCUCGACAGUCUUCGAAUUAUUGACUAUAGAUACAUGCGAUUCUCGUACAAUCCCUUGCAAGAUAAAUUCCUACUUACCAACAGCUGGAAAGAUCCUACAUGGACCAAUGUAAAAUCCAUUCGUGCUGGAAUAGACGGGGAAGAAAAAGAGAACCGUGAACUUGUAUUUGGCAAAAACAUGAUUGAUAUCAAACAGAAAACUAUUCCCCAGCUCCUUGUAGAUGAGGUGUGUAUUAUACGCUGCCCUUUUGCGUUUCCGCAACUCACACGUGCAGGCAUUCCACCCUUUCUAUGUUUUCCAAAUUGCCAGUCUCAUCCUCUGGUCGCUAGAUGAAUACUACUACUACGCGGCUUGUAUUUUUAUUAUCUCAGUAGUGAGCAUCACAACCACUCUUCUAGAGACACGCUCAGUUAGUCACCCCAGAAACCCCAAUCCUAUACAUACAAUUGAUGGUCGUUGUUGUAGACAAUGAAAAGACUUCGAGACAUCUCAAAAUUCGAAUGCGACGUCCGUGUCUUGCGGAACUCUUUCUGUAGGUCAUGCCUAUUUUCAAUUAAACUUCUGGUUUCUAAUAAGCAAUAGGGCGUUAUGUUCCGUCUAGUGAACUUGUACCUGGAGAUGUUUACGAAGUCACUGAUCCUGCCCUAACUCAGUUUCCCUGCGACAGUAUACUUCUAGCAGGUGAUUGUAUUGUGAAUGAGAGCAUGCUUACUGGUACGUUGUAUUCCCGAGAUACCGAGGUACCCAAGCUAAUUUCUCAGGCGAGUCGGUGCCAGUAUCCAAAGUUCCAGCAAACGAUGAGGCACUUCGGCUUCUCAAUCUCGCGGCUUCUUCAAUAGCUCCCGAGCUAUCUCGACACUUCCUCUUCUGUGGGACAAAGAUAGUACGAGCGAGAAGACCACAAGAUGACAAGGAUGACGAAGCUGUUGCACUGGCCAUAACUGUAAGGACCGGCUUCAAUACGACCAAAGGAGCUCUUGUACGGUCUAUGCUCUUCCCCAAGCCAUCCGGGUUCAAAUUCUAUAGAGACUCGUUCAGAUAUAUAUCGGUCAUGGGAGGCAUUGCAAUGCUCGGCUUCGUCGCUUCAUUCGUCAAUUUUGUGCGUCUGCAUUUAGCAUUCCAUUUGAUAAUUAUCCGAGCGCUGGAUCUGAUUACGAUCGUGGUUCCGCCAGCGUUGCCAGCAACUCUAACCAUUGGAACAAAUUUUGCUCUUUCACGGCUCAAGAACAAGCAAAUAUUCUGUAUCAGCCCUCAGCGAGUCAAUGUCGGAGGGAAAUUAGACAUCGUAUGCUUUGAUAAGACUGGAACGCUGACUGAAGAUGGAUUGGAUGUUCUUGGUGUACGCGUUGUCCAGAAUCCAUCUGGUCGAUUCAGUGACAUUCUUUCGGAUGCCCAAUCACUUCUUCCUGCUGCUUCAUACGAACGAGAUCCUACUGUUGGGUAUGACACUCACAAAGCAGCACUCUACACCAUGGCAACAUGCCACUCAUUAAGAGUCGUCGACGGUGAGCUUGUGGGGGAUCCGUUGGAUCUUAAGAUGUUCAACUUUACUGGGUGGUCUUUCGAGGAAGGAGAGCAAAAGUCUGGCGAAGCGGAUGACGAAGAGCAUGGUGGUAUUUCGCCUUCCAUUGCAAGACCUCCACCCGGCAUGGAAUAUGAUCUUGAUGACAAUGAAAGGCGGAAUAAAACCACUGUGAGUAAAAAUCAUGCAAAUUCUUGACUUGAUACUAAUAUACUAACAGAGCGCGCCAAUCGAAUUGGGAGUCUUGAAAUCUUUCGAGUUUGUUUCUCAACUCCGCCGAGCCAGCGUCAUUGUCCGUAAAUUUGGAGAUCCGGGGUGUGAUAUCUACGUCAAAGGAGCACCAGAAUGCAUGAAAGAAAUUUGUAGACCGGAAAGUUGUGAGUUGAAGUUGCUUCCAGGGGCUGAAAGUUACUAAUACCCCCCAGUUCCAAAUGAUUACGAAGAACUUCUGGCAUAUUAUACACACAGGGGAUUUCGAGUCAUUGCCUGCGCCACGAAACAUAUAAAGAAGUUAAACUGGGUCAAAGUCCAGAAGAUGAAGCGAGAUGAUGCAGAAUCCGGGCUGGAUUUCCUAGGAUUCAUCAUAUUCGAGAACAAGCUAAAGCCUAGCACGGCUGGUGUUUUGGACGAGUUGUCAGAAGCAGGCAUCAGAAAGGUGAUGUGCACAGGUGACAAUAUUCUUACCGCCAUCAGCGUUGCUAGAGAAUGCAAUCUUAUAGACAGAACGGCACACUGUUUUGUACCGCAUUUCUCUGAAGGUAAUGACCAAUGAUAUGAGAUGCAAAUGAACUUAUUAACGACUUCCUAGGCAAUUAUUUGGAUCCUAACGCCGUCAUUUCUUGGGAAAGCAUAGACAACAGUAUUUAUACCCUAGAUCAGAAUACUCUCAAGGUUGGUUACACCCCACCAUUAUCGUUGUAAUUUGUUAACAUUGAUGUAGCCCUUACCACCGCCAGCUGAGAGCGACGCUUCCUUGCCUUACGAUAUCUCAAAUUUGAGGAAUUACUCCUUAGCAGUCAGUGGAGAUGUUUUCCGCUGGAUCAUAGAUUUCGCUCCGCCAGAAGUUCUGAAACGAGUCAGUAAACCACAAGUACAUUCGAACUAUACUGACCCCUCAAUUUAGAUGCUAGUCUGCGGACAAGUAUUUGCUCGAAUGUCGCCGGAUGAGAAGCACGAACUUGUUGAAAAGCUUCAAAGUAUCGGUUACUGCUGUGGUUUCUGUGGCGAUGGAGCCAAUGAUUGCGGCGCAUUGAAAGCCGCUGAUGUGGGUAUCUCGCUGUCCGAGGCCGAAGCUUCUGUCGCUGCUCCAUUUACGAGUCGAGUGUUCGACAUAACGUGUGUGCCAGAAGUCAUAAGGUAAUUUUCUCCAUAUUUAACUGCGAAGUUAUUGCUAAUAAGUUUACCCAGAGAGGGACGAGCCGCAUUAGUUACAAGUUUUAGUUGCUUCAAGUACAUGAGUUUGUACUCAGCAAUCCAAUUCACAUCCGUCAGCUUCCUCUACGCCUCUGCAUCGAAUCUUGGAGAUUUCCAGGUAUGUCAAUAUACAUACCACAUACUAAAAGACUCACUUGCUCAUAUACAAUACAGUUCCUCUUCAUCGAUCUCAUUCUAAUUCUUCCAAUUGCAAUUUUCAGUAAGCAUUUUUACACUCGAUGCCCAUAUCAAGCUAACAUACCCCAGUGGGAUGGACCGGUCCCUUCCCAAUCCUCUGCAAAAAGCGUCCAACAGCAAAUCUCGUAUCGCGUAAAGUGUUGGUUCCUCUUCUCGGUCAAAUAGCAAUCUGCAUCUUCAUCCAAGCCGUGGCAUUCCACUCUGUACGGAAACAACCAUGGUAAGUACUCAAAUACUCCUAUCAAACAACCAAGAACUCUUCCUAAAAGAUUCCAAGGUACAUCCCCCCGCAAUUAGAUACAGAAAAGUCCAAUGUCUUGAACUCAGAAAACACAUCUUUAUUCCUGGUUUCUUGCUUUGAAUAUAUCCUCUCCGGCAUAGUCCUCAGCGUCGGCCCUCCAUUUAGACAAUCGAUGGCAAACAAUCGUAAGCUCCCCACCUUCCUCUUCUCCUAUUCCUCCCAUCUCCCUCUCUCCCCUCCUUCCCUAUUCACCUGACUAAUUGUUUCUGUUUACAGUACCUUUCGUGGUAACCAUCGUCGUCGCCCUUCUCUUUUCCUCAUACAUGCUCUUCGAUCCGUCAUCAGAAGUAGCAAAGUUCAUGCAAUUAACCCACAUGACCUGGGAUUUUAAAGUCUUCCUACUGAGUCUGGGAAUGGGAUAUAUCGUUCUGGCUUGGACAGGUGAGAAUUAUGUUUUGCCGAGACUGGCAAAGUAUCUGGGGGCGCUCAAGACGAAGGUUUCGGGGAAGUUGAAGAAGAGAAAGGAGUAUAAGGUUAUUUUGGAGGAGAUGAGGACGCUUUGAGGAAAGGGGGAUUGUGAUUUUGUAAAAAGUAGAUACUGUAGCAUUGUAUAAAGAGAGUGAGUUGUUGGAGCUUGGUCGGGUUGUACGCACUUGUGAUAUUAAUUCCUGCAUGUCUUCGUGGUGAGCUGUGGAGAGGGAAAGAUACUAAUGAUCUACGAUUAUAGAAUUUCUGAAAGAUCUUCCGCCUUGAGUGACGAUUUUACCCGCCCCAGACUGUGUUACACAAUGCCCAGGCGCGGGGCCAGAGGAACAGCCACAGUCCUUGCAAUAGCCGCGGCGCCUCUGAUAGGACGAUGCCUGAAAACGACUUACUAAAUGAAUUUUAAGAGAAACCCCAUUAACGGAGGCAAAGCCCAAUUUUUCUUAACACUCUCACUUCCAGAGAAAUCCUCCGCAGAUAUUUUAACCCUCGUUAUCUACUAGGCACUCUUGGGGACUCUCCCUCAACAUGAGGUAUCACGAGUACAAUGACGUAACCAAUCUCAAAAGCCACUUCCUUCUAAUAUCUCUCCUUAUCAUGAAUUGAUUUUAGACCACCACCUGUACAUAUUCCGCAAGAUAGGCAAGCAAGUUCAAGUUGAUACUGACGCGGAAGGAACAGACCGUAUUCUGAUAGCUCUUUCUCGUGUCCCCCCCCCAAAAUAUUACCAAGACUGUACGGUGGACGAGAGAUACAAAGUGAGAUGAUACACUAUGCCUGCUUUGAACUAAGCCAAACUCAAUUCCCUCCCACCCGUUCCACCUCAUCAUCCAUCCGUUCGUUUGUGCGUGCGUUCGUAAAUAAACAAGCACAUGCACCAUACCUCCAGCUUCAAAACUACCUAUACCUAACUAUCAAACUCAAUUCAUCCCUCUCACACCCCAAGUAAACAACCUAACCCAGCCCAACCCAACCCAUCAUGAACUACGGUACGUACCCCUCCCCCCCUCCAUCACACCCCCUAACAGCUCACCCCAAAGACUGGAUCCUCGACGGCGGGUACCUCCCAAACCGCCUCAUCCGUCUCGGCAUCCGACGGCAACUAGCCGACCGCCUCUUAACCAUCUCAUCCACCUCGCUGAGCUCGGCGUACGAGCGGAAAAUGCAAUAUGUAGAAGUGCUGCGGCAACGACCGAUUGCGAUCGAGACGGCGACGGCGAAUGAACAGCAUUAUGAGGUGGGCACGGGGGUGCUGGCGGCGUGUUUGGGACCGAGGAUGAAGUACUCGUGUUGUCUUUAUGAGAAGGGGAGUGAGACGCUUGCGGGGGCGGAGAGGGCGAUGUUGGAGGUUUAUGUGGAAAGGGCGGGGUUGAGGGAUGGGAUGAGGGUUUUGGAUUUGGGGUAUGUGUGUUUUUUGGGUUUUUUUGGGUUUUGAGUGCUUACUUUUUAUCGUUUUGUGUUGUUUGGACUUGUUUUCUUUUGGGGUAUAUGAGGAUGAAUGAGGAUGGGUGAAGAGAGGGCUAAUGAGAUAUGGAUAUAGAUGUGGAUGGGGAAGCGGAGCACUCUACUUUGCGGAAAUGUUUCCCAAUUCCGAGAUUGUGGCGUUCUCCAAUUCCAAGACGCAGAAGAUCUAUAUCGAUGAGAAAGCCCAAGUCAAGGGGUUCAAGAACCUGACUGUAAUCACGGGCAACGUGGUAGAUUAUGAGUUUGAAGUCGAGAGUUUUGAUCGAGUUGUUUCCAUUGAGGUAUACCUAUCUCCCCUCCCUUGCUCCCUUCCCCCCUUCCUCCCUUCCUCCCUUCCUCCCUUCCUCCCUUCACCCUUUCACAUCCCAUCCAUCCCAAAAAAGUAUAGUUGCGGAACAGCUAACAAGAACCAGUUAUUCGAACACAUGAAAAACUACGAACAGCUCAUGGCCAAGAUCGCACGAGCCCUGAAGCCUUCAGGGAAACUCUUCGUGCACAUCUUCGCGCAUAAAACCACACCUUACGACUUCGAAGAGGGAUGGAUGAGUACCCAUUUCUUCUCCGGGGGUACGAUGCCUUCGGCGGAUUUGCUUUUGUUCUUUCAGCGGGAUUUGAAGUUGGAGAAGCAGUGGUGGGUUAAUGGGAAGCAUUAUGCUAAGACUUGUGAGGUGAGUUUUGAACCUUUCCCAUCCUUUUUUACUUUCUUUUUAGAGCGAGGGGGGGAUAGAUUGAGAAGGUAUUUGGUGUUUUGAUUCGGUGUAUACUGAUUGAAUUCAUAGGAUUGGCUGUCCAAGAUGGUAGCUAGUAAGAGCGAGAUCUGGCCGCAUCUUACAGAAACUUAUGGCGAGAAGGAUACGGCGAUGUGGUAUUAUCGCUGGCAGAUUUUUUACUUGGCUUGUGCUGAGUUGUUUGCUUAUGAGGGGGGUGAUACUUGGGGGGUGACGCAUUAUUUGUUUGAGAAGCCUGCUGCUGCUGCUUCUUCGUAGGGUGUGUACAAGAAAAUAGUGUAUACAAGCCAAUGGACAAUAGGGGCUCUUUAUAUCUUUAC